GUUUGCUUUUGCUCCGGAGCAUCCCAACGGCUACUUGCUUCGUACGAUGUUUUCUUGAUCGGUCUGAUGCCGGGCAUGUUUCCGACGCUUGUUUCAAGUCCAUGUAUUUGGUGCGACGCCUCCGCGGACCUCCCUCCUCCCGACCAUGAGCAGUUCAAGCCUUUACGAGCCCGAGGAAGACGAAGAUGCAUCUGAUUCCGACUUCGCCGUCAAACCAGUGUCGCGAAAGAAAGCCCCUCCUUCAUCCCCGCCCACCGACGGGUUGCGACAAUUCUCUCCGGCUGACCAGGAUGGGCAAUCUCCGUUUGGUUCAACUUCCCGCAGCAGCAUAGGCACACGAUCUCAGGCGCUCCAGCGCCUUCGUAUAUCGUUACCCAAGGAAUCGAUAGAGACUUACGGGAAUCUCCUGGAUACGACAUUGGACGAAAAGUUGCCCAGCACUACGGAUGAAAAUGCGACCACGCACAAAAAAGGCGACGAUUACAAAGGCAUUGUCUUAUGGACACCGCAAGAGAAGAAAGUAUUCUUCAAUAUACUGGACAGAAAGGGCAAGAAUGGGGUCAGGGAGAUUGCCCAGGCGAUUGGGACGAAGUCAGAACUGGAGGUGCAGGAGUACCUCAGACUUAUACACAAGGGUUUGGAGCACCAGCAUCUAGUAGAUCGACAUAGCAGAUCGGUCAUCCUGGGGGAGAUCCCCGCAGCGGCCGAAGUCAGCCGAAAAUGCUGCCAAGCGCUCGAUGGGUAUGCGGAACUACUGCAGCUCGAGGAGCAACACUCCGAAGAUGUGGCUGGGCGGAAGAGGCAUCGUGGUAUGUGGAUCAUCAAUGAGGAUGCUGCGGCGGAAUUGGACGAGCAGCCUCAGCCACAGGAUGAAGCCUUUGCCUCAGAUACCAGCAUUCACCACACAGCUGGGCUAUUGAACAUAAAGUCGUGGAUUCGUCUCUCAGAGCGGUUUUUCAUGAACUUCGGCGGCCCGAGGCUCGAAGACAACUGGGUCAACGUAGCUUUCGCCGAUGAGACGCCCUCGGUUACCGCGGACGCUUUCGCGGAUUUCUACUCUCUGGCAGUAAGCGUGACGCGACGUUUGAUUCAUUCGGCGCUUUUCUUCGCCAUGUCCCGACUGCAAAGCAUGAGAGACACCGGUAAUCCCAAGGCGAAGGUGAUUAAAUCACGCGAUGUUCAGACCGCGCUGGACGUGCUGAACAUGAAGCAUGAUCGCUUCGACUACUGGGUAGGAUUGGCGCGAAGAUGCAACUUGGAUGUGGCCGAUCUUCGCCAUCGCAAAGGCUGGAACUCCGUCCGUAUGGAUUACAACGAGGUCGAGGAUAUACUAUCUGACAGGGUCCCGCUGGAUCCCGAGCCCGGGGGAAGAAGUGCCUCGGCGCACAAAUCGCAGGAGGUUAUUGGCGGCGAUGAAGAAGACCGGGAUUCAGAUGAUGCCAGUGAUAAUGGUUCCGCGGUGUCAUCGAAUCUGUCCUCGCCACUGUCAGAUGAGGAGGAGCCUCUGCCCGAAGAUCCAGAGGAGGAUCAUGCAGAACAGGUUGACCAGAAAGCGAACCAUUUGGAAGAACAGCAGCUAUGGGAAAUCAUGGGCCAGUCACCACCCGCCUCUCUUCACUCGCUCAUCGCGAAGGACCGCAAGCGAGGUUCGAAGCUGCGCAAGCCACCUGGGGAACGCAAGACACCUGAAGAGCUGGUCGACUGGCGUAAUAGGACUCUAUACCGGGGAGACUGGGAGGAACACGGCAACGGGGUGAUCGAUAUAUACGAAGACAUAUCCGAACACCGACGGAAGCGCCGUCGUCUCGAACAGCCCGCUGUGCCUUUGGACCCAUCGGACUCAUCAAACGAUGAGAUUUCCGGUUCUGGGUCCAAUUCCGACUCUGAUGACGAUGUUCAAAAUCAUGAAGAGGCUCAGGCAGAUUCAAGCGCAGAUGAACCUGAUGACAUGGAAGUGGACAGGUCACAUCACGCCUCUGAAUAUCCUCCACAAUCAACCUCCCCGCCCCUCAACCAUUAUGAAGACCAAACUCCUUUAAGCCCAGAGAACGGAAACCCGCUUUUUACCCAAGACAAAGACUUCACACCCGACCUAUCAACACUCCAACAACACCCCCAGGUCUCUCUCGCAACAUCAUCCCCUUCGCCGGUCUCUUCUCCCUCUAAAUCUCGCUACAUCUCCAGCAAACCCAACCCCUAUCAUUACCAACACGGGGACCAUGCGCCCUCUUCGAAUUCCGAAGAUGAUCUCCCUGUCAACCACGAAGAAUCAAAACCAUAUUCAUCCGAAGACGAGGACGAUCAGGACGGAAUACCGCUGUACUCACACCCGAUGAGUCCGACUGACUGGCCGACGGAAUAAGAUUCCGUUCGGUCCGUUCCCACCCCCUGCACCCCCCCCCCUUCCCUCCCUAAGGGAAGCUUGCUUUAAGCGUUGGAUAUCCCAUUUUUUUUCUCAUUAUUAGUCGUGAUGCCACCGAACUAUGUGCCAUUUGCAUCAGCGCUGCUGAUCUAUAGACGGGUCUGUCGGGUUAUUUCUGAUUUAUCCUGAUGUGCAUUUUGGUAUAAUUUGAUAUUUACCAGGCUUGGAUAUAUAUGGCCUUAUUUCUUUUCGGGUUAUCUACCAUCUAUCUAUCUACUUUCGGGAUAUUGGAAUCCAU